AUGCACUACAAUCAGAGGCCUCGAGGGGCGGUGUACGCAUCUCCGCGGGUAAGCUCACCGCGUGCUGGGGGGCGCGAAGGAGUUGACGCGUCUUAUCGCGGGUCAAGUUCUCAGCCGUCUAACAGCGAUGAGAAUAUGAACCCUUUGCAAAGCUUUGAUUCUGAGGAUCCAAAAGUGGUAGUCACCUUGCGCGCUCGGAUGCGAGAUCUCAUGCGUAGCGGGGUGGCCCUACGUCACGAUGUAGAUGAGAUGCAAAGGCGCGAACAUGAGUUGCGCACGCGCGCGCACGUGGCUUGGGCUGAGCAACGAGAACGUGUUGAGGCGACAAGACAGGAAUGUGGGGCUGCGCUGACUGACCUUCGCCAGGAGCUGCGUAGCCGCUUCGAGAUGGCAGAGCGAAAGCAGUUAGAUCUUUUACGCGAGGAUAGGUCAGAACAGGAGCGGAUGCAGGCCGAGGUCGGCGAAAUUCGUGGGACUGUGGCCGCCCUGCGCCAGGAGGCGCUCCGAGCCGAACAAAUAGCACACCGGCGCGCUACUGAGGCAUUCAAUCAAGUUUCCGAGGCUGCCGAAGACGCUAAGCGGACAGCAUGGAAUGCAUCGCACGAGGUGCACGAGCGGGUCGAAGCUGCAAUCAAGACUGUCGAGACAAUCUCUCGAGAAGUUGAGCAAGUACAACGUGUUCAGGGGGGAUUCAACCUGAGGAUCGACGCCGAGCUCAAGGCUGGCCGCUUAGCGGUCGCACGCGCAACAGCCGCUGCGGGGCAUGCAGACGCAGUCUCAUCCGAGCCUGAUAUUGAGGUUUUGUAUUUUUGGAGUUCGUUCCCCGGAAUAAUAGUCUAUGUCGCCGGAACGGCAGAGCAUGACGUCACAGCACGAUUUCAGAGUGAGCUUGCUGCACUUGAAUAUCGUGUUACAGCAGAUGUCGCCGCAACACGGGCGACCCUUCGAGAUGAGGCGCUGCGGCGAGAACGGUCUACUAGCGACCAGGAAGCAUCGUGGCGGCGCAGUGCCGACGCCACUGAGGCGCGCUUGCGAUCUUGCGAGGAGAAACUUGCUACUUGCAUCGCGGCAACUAGGAGGCGGGAAGUCCUCAAGAUCAAGACUCCAACAACCAGUUCGGAACCAGAGACGGGGGAACUUGGUUUGCGAGCCACUGCCUUUGCGGAGCUAGAAGGAGCACUCGAGCGCCGAGUCACACAAGGUCUCCAGGGGGUAGCAUCGGGCAUGGCGGCAGCCAUCGAACGCCUCGCAUCAAGUUUGAGCGAAGCACGUGCCGAGAUUUCUCGCGAAGGCGACGCACGACGCACACUAGAAGCAUCUGUAACUCAUGCUGUUGAAUCGGCGGUUUUUUGCGUCGCAAAUGCGACGCGUGUUGAGAUCGCCAAGCAUACCGACGACGCAUCGAGGCUCGAGGCUCAGAUGCGUCGUGCUGAUGCGCUCCAUGGCGAUCAUGUCCAAGGUCGAUGUGAACGUGUCGAAGAGGCAUUGAUAUGUCGCGUGGCUGAGCGAGAGCGCGGACUACGCCUCGUGCGGACAGAGAUUUCUCAGGCGACACAUGUGCUGCUCGAUGAACUUGCUCAAGAGCGCCAUGCUCGCAUUAGAGCAGCCGCAGUCGAAGCAGCCAACGCGAAACGUGCGCUCGCUGUAUCGAGCCUAAUGACUGACUCAAGACGACUGGCUGAUAAUGCUGAAACCCUUUCUACCAUCAAGACCAGCAUACGUGAACUCGACCAUGCCUACCAGCUCCGUUUCGGUCAGGCCGCGAGCAGUGUUGACGCUCUCGCCGCAGUGACAAGCGCCCAGCUUAGCUGUGUAGAACGACUUGAUCACCAGCGCUCUUCUCGCAUGAGCGCACGGAUGAGUGCCACCGAACAGGCUUUCCAAGAGAUGGAGGACGACUUAUUAGUCAGCACCACUGUGGAGCAUAUUGUUUCGACGGUCGUUGAUGCGCAUCAUGCAGCAGCAAUUGACCGUGAGGCAGCAGCACGUGCGGCACAGGCUGCGCAUGCAAAUUUGACUGUGCACUUGCUCUUCGACAAAAUGGAUACCGCACUUUCUGCUGGACAGCUGGUUGCUUCGGAAGAUCGCAAACUUGCUUCAUCGAGAUAUAAUGAGCAGACAAAGACUCUGAGCUCCGUUGUGGAACAGAUUGCGGUCCUGACGGAGAGCCUCCAGGACUCGGCCAGCAGAAGUCGAGAGCGGGCAUUAACUACAGACAACACGAUCAACGCUGUCGCCCGUGUCCUAAAUCGCAGCCUUUGGGUUAAGUCCAGUAUCGUGCAUGCGGGAGUAGAUGUCUUAGCCAUUCGGAACGAGGCUCGCGCGGCCGUCCAGAAUCUCGUAGAUACUGUCGUCGAUCGUCACGCCGAGGAUGUUGCUCUGAGCUUAGCCGGGCAACACGCCGCUUUUGCUUCAAAGUUAGAUGCAAUGGCCGCGCUCGAGCGUAAGCGCAACGAAAUCGUAGAGACACGGUUAGUCUACGCAGAAAAUGCAUUAGCAAAGGCAGUGGGUGACUGGGGUGCUGCUAUCCAGGUUGCUUCCGAUUCUAUUGCUAUACGAACAAGCGCACCUAGAAAAACGCCAGCGGCCAACGCCCACGUUCGCAUGGUCUUCCCGCCAAUACAUCGCCCUGACCAAGGCUGA